UCCAGUGCGGUGGAAUGCGGUUGUGUCUUUGUAUCUCCCGGGAAUCCGCAAACGUGUAUUAACCGCUGAAAACCCUCCUCCCAGUCCCCGAAAUCCCCAAAAAAUCAAAACAAAGCCCCGCAGACAGCCCAGCCCCUCGAGCGAUCCAAAAAAAUCAAAGUGACCAAAAAAAAAUUACCCGAAGGACCAAGAGGAGCCCGAGGUGCGCGCCAGUGCUCUGGACACCCUACAGGUGAAAUUUCGAGAAAAGCAGGGACACGAGUGACUCCAAAAGCCCUCAGUAAUGUUUUCCCCAGUGACAAUAAAACAUAUUCCCCGGAUAAUCAAGAGUUAACGAACGAUGAGCGAGUUGUAUUGCUGCACAAAGGACGGAUAGAAAGUCGUCGGUGAAGAGCUAAACCAGUGGGCAAGAUGGCGGAGUCGAGCUAUUAUCAGAAUGACUAUUCGCGACAACCAGUUCUUGCUGAACUGUCCCACAAGUAUGGAGUCUCGGUUAAUGAUCAGCCACUACCGGCCAGACUAGAUGAGCUGCGUGAGCAUAUUAGGAGGGAAAUUCGUAAAGAAUUGAAGAUUAAGGCUGGAGCUGAGAAAUUGAAAGGAGUUGCAACUGACAGAAAAGCGUUAUCCGACGUUGCGAUGAUUGUUAAGAAGGCGAAUAGUAAAUUGAAUGAGUUGCAGGCGGAAUUGCACCAGCUUGAGAGCCAAAUAAUCCUCACUCAGGGCCAACCCCAGUCGCCCCAGCGUGAUUAUUCCAAUGGCCAAGAAACACCAUUAUCGCCGAUGGACUCGUCAUCACCGAGUCAGGAGGGUCUCAUCACUGAUUUGAGGAUAAUGACUCUGGAGAAGCAGCUUAAUAUCGAGCUCAAGGUGAAACAGGGCGCUGAGAACAUGAUUCAGAGUUUGACGAGUGGUCACAGGGACAAAAAACUUCUCCAAGAGGCGCAGCAGAUGCUGGAUGAUUCGAGAGCCAAGAUUGAGUUUCUCAGGAUGAGGAUAAUGAAGGUUAGACAGGCGAGACAGCAACAGCACGCCCGAGGCGAUGCGCCACUUUCCAAUGGCGAGUCUACGACUGGUAAAGACAAAUAUGAACCGAGUUUGGAGUUGGCUCUGGAGGAGAGGGUCGAGGAGCUUCGACAUCGGUUGCGAAUCGAGGCUGCUGUGGUGGAGGGUGCGAAAAAUGUUAUACGUUUGCUGCAGUCUGCUAAAGUUGCAGAUAAAAAGGCCCUCACUGAGGCGCAGGCUAGUUUAUCCGAGUCAAGUCGAAAGUUGGAUUUACUGAGAAUGUCUCUAGACAUGAGGAGACAGGAAUUACCAGCGGACAGUGCCACUGCUGCGCAAUUAAAGAGAGAAUUGGCUAGUGUGCAAUCAGCGAGUCCUGUACCAGUGACGUACACCUCGUUGCAGCCUUUUCGAGGGCCACUGGAGGGUCGUGCCACUGUACCAAUUUCAGUGUCGAGGUGUGCAGCUGUGACAGGACAGCUCGAGGUGAGAUUAAUGGGAUGUCAGGACCUCGCUGAAGAGGUCCCUGGGAGAACGAGGAGGGAGCAUCACCCAGCGAGUCCCGAUUUACGGAGUUUCGUUAAAGGAGUCACUGGGCGCAGCUCGAGUAAAUCGUACAGUGUUAAGGAUGAGACCAGUAACGACAUAAUGGCAGUUAUAAAGCUUGAUAAUCAAACUGUCGCCCAGACGAGUUGGAGACCGUGCUCACAGCAAGCCUGGGACCAGAGAUUCUCCAUUGAACUAGAUAAAUCGAGGGAAUUGGAGAUUGGCAUCUACUGGAAGGACUGGAGAUCACUCUGCGCUGUCAAAUUCCUUCGGCUGGAGGAGUUCAUUGAUGACGUGAGACAUGGAAUGGCUCUGCAGCUGGAGCCCCAGGGGCUUCUCUUCGCUGAGAUCAGGUUUUUGAAUCCCAUGAUAUCGAGGAAACCCAAACUCCAGAGGCAGAGGAAGAUCUUCAAGCAGCAGGCGAAGAACUUUCCGAGGGCCAAUCAGAUGAACAUCAAUGUCGCCACUUGGGGGAGAUUGCUGAAGAGGUCUGCACCCUCUUUGCAUAGCAAUAGAAAUUCGGAGAGUCCACCUUCCGGUGGGCAGUCCAUGCAGCUCGUAUUUGAUGCCUCUUUGGAGGAUAAACCUGAAACCCCUGGGGAGGCCCCUGACCCCGAGAAGGGGGGACUCAGUGGGGCUAGACCACUGGGGAUGUCUGCUUCGAGUGGGAGUUUAGCUCCUCAGAGCCAUCCACCACCACCACCCAGUGCUCCACCACCACCACCCCCUAUUGCCACCAUUUCCAAGAAGGCUUCUAUGAUCUCUGUGCCACCACCACCUCCACCGAAGAUCGAUCAAGAGUUGCAGAGUGCACUUAAGGAGUUUGAUUUCCUGCACACCGAGGACAAGGCGGGUGCGAGCUUGAGGCCCCUUGUGACGGAGCCCCGUCCAGUGCUGAUAGCACCGCCCUCACCGCGCACCCCCUCGCCCCAACCUGUCGUCGAGUUCCCUGAGGACGAGGUGGUGUACGAGGCACCCUCGAGACCCCUGCAGUACAGGGACAGUGCCUACGAAUCCAGGAGGCACUCGCAGAUGACUGGGAUGGCCCUUGAGAACUUUAGGCUGCUCUCUGUACUCGGUCGUGGACACUUUGGCAAAGUCAUUCUCUCGCAGUACAGAAAUACUGGGGAGUACUUCGCUAUCAAGGCGUUGAAGAAGGGAGACAUCAUUGCUAGGGACGAGGUCGAGAGCUUGCUCUCGGAGAAGAGGAUAUUCGAGGUUGCUAAUGCCACCAGACAUCCGUUCCUCGUUAAUUUGUUCGCCUGUUUCCAGACUGAGGCGCACGUAUGUUUUGUCAUGGAAUAUGCUGCUGGUGGUGACUUGAUGAUGCACAUACAUGCUGACGUCUUCGGGGAGUCACGAGCAGUUUUCUACUCAGCCUGUGUCGUUCUGGGUCUCCAAUAUUUACACGAAAGUCGCAUAAUUUAUAGAGAUUUGAAGCUUGAUAAUUUACUGCUGGAUACAGAGGGUUACGUUAAGAUAGCAGAUUUCGGGCUCUGCAAGGAGGGAAUGGGCUUUGGCGACAAGACGGGCACUUUCUGUGGGACACCUGAGUUCCUUGCCCCUGAGGUUCUCACGGAGACUUCGUACACGAGAGCUGUUGACUGGUGGGGAUUGGGAGUUCUCAUAUUUGAAAUGCUUGUUGGAGAGUCGCCAUUCCCUGGAGAUGAUGAGGAAGAAGUUUUUGACUCAAUUGUCAACGACGAAGUGCGUUAUCCGAGGUUCCUUUCACUGGAGGCCAUAGCAAUCAUGAGAAGGCUACUCAGAAAGAAUCCAGACAGAAGAUUGGGUAGUAGUGAGAGAGAUGCUGAGGAUGUGAAGAAACAAGCAUUCUUCAGACACAUAUCAUGGGAGGAUCUCUUGCUGCGACGUGUGAAACCCCCGUUUGUUCCAGUAAUUCAUUCUGUGGAAGACGUCAGUAAUUUCGACGAGGAGUUUACGUCAGAGAAGCCCCACCUGACCCCCGCCAAAGAUCCUCGGCCCCUCAGCGAUCUGGAGCAGGGUCUCUUCCGUGAUUUCACGUACAUGGCUGAUUGGUGCUAACGAACCCAUUAAAUUUCACUAAGAAACAAAAGAAAAAAUACUCGAUCUAACGUGAGAUGAAUUCCCGGACAAUUGAUUCACUGUUGGGGCGAGGUAUGGGUGGUCCCCCUGAGGAACGAGAGAAAGAGGAAGGGGAACAUGUGGAGUAAAAACACGAGGGGAAAUUGAACCAGACUGAUGGGACAAAGCAGACAUUUACUUGCUUAUCCCGAGGUCAGUUGGUCACUUGAUUUGUAUAUUUUUAAAAAGGAAAGAAUCAUUUUAAUCAUCUUCAAGCGAAUUAUGCAAUACAAUUCACAGUGGCUUGAAUGCUUAAAUGUUGAGACGGUUAUUUAUCAUGAAGAUUUAUUAUUAAUUAUUAUCAUUGUUUCUACGUGAUUAUUGUUUACGAGAGAUACUCGAUAGUUUUAGUCGGUAUACGACAGAUUAAUUGUUUCAAAAAAAAAAAAAGAAAAGAGCGUGCAGUCACAUUGCAGGCAGGAUUCAUAUCAAAUGAUGUUUUUCGAGGCCUCAAUGUGCGAAGGAUUUCAUCGAUUAAUUGGGUAUUCACACUUGCUUCGUCGAACAAACUCACUAUAAGUCAGUCACUAGAAACGUUUUUUUAUUCAUUUGUAAUAAAUCGUGGAGAAGAACAUACAUAAUCAAAUCAACUUUUUCGAGUGAAAUUUACUAUAGAAUACGAUUAUUGUAGUAUCAAUGGAAUAAUGCUUUUUACGCAGGGCAACUACGUGGUAUUUUUAUGAGAUUUUUCUUUUCCAAUGAAAUGUUAUGAUAACAACCACUUGUGAUAUAAAAGAACUGGUAAAUGAGAGAUAAUUAAGUUGCCUUAAAUUAAAUUAAAUUCAAUCUAGGCUUUUUUGGUAAUUUGCGUACGUUUCAGGAGUGAAAUUUGGUUUUGUACAUUGUGACUUAAUGCAUCGGGAUUCGGUGCUAAAUGAGGUUAAUAUGAAAUUGUGAGGAUUCGCUUAUUUUAAAUUUCUCUUUUUCUCUCGUGUAAUCGUAUUAUGCUCCAAGUGGCCUUAGCAGCUUUACACAAAUGAAGGAAACUAGAGUGUCUUUUUGAACGGUUUUUUGUAGCAUAUGUGAAUUUUUUCCUAGGCACGCUCUGGAUUUCCAUUGACCUCAGACGUGUGGUUACGUAGCUACUCUUUUUUUUCGUGUCUGAACAAUGAGAAACCGGAUGUCCGGCCUAUUUUGAAUGAAUCAUUGGAACUGUUUAUCUGGAAAUUCGUGAGGUCUAUCUAUCGGUGGCGUACAGCAACGGCGAUAGUAUCAGAAAUAACAAUCAGGGUAAUUUUGUCACAAUAUAUUUUUUAACUUUGAUAUAAAACUUUACUCGUCAGUGUGAAUGAAGGUAGCAGUUUUUUAUAAAUCGCCUAAUGCGCCCAGUCAUCGUCUACCUCACGGAAAUCAAUCGAUGAGUCUUCGUGUUAUCAUUGAUAAUUUUUCUCUCAUUCGUUUUGGUCUUUAACGAACUGAUUUAUUCGUUAAUUCUGUCCAUUUAUCGAUUGUAUACUAUUUUAAUUAACAAUUAUACGUAGGUAUACACACGUGCUGUAAAUCAUAAUGAAUAUAUGAGAGUAAAUACUAACAGAUUGUAAGAUAACAUUUUUUUUGAAGUAAUUAAUUGUAAUGAAAAUUUGUAAGAUGAAAUGAGAUGAAACAAUAUCAAAAUAGUAAUAGUAGUGAUGAAAACUU